AACAUGGCUGCGGCGCCGGGGCUGCUCUUCUGGCUGUUCGUGCUUGGGGCGCUCUGGUGGGUCCCGGGCCAGCCGGACCUCAGCCCCGGACGGCGCUUCUCGGACCUCAAAGUGUGCGGGGAUGCAGAGUGCAGCAUGUUGAUGUACCGUGGUAAAGCUCUUGAAGACUUCACGGGCCCUGAUUGUCGUUUUGUGAAUUUUAAAAAAGGUGAUGAUGUAUAUGUCUACUACAAACUAGCAGGAGGAUUCCCUGAAGUUUGGGCUGGAACUGUUGGACACAGUUUUGGAUAUUUUCCAAAAGAUUUGAUCAAGGUGCUUCAUAAGUACACGGAGGAAGAGCUACACAUCCCAGCAGACGAGACAGACUUCGUUUGCUUUGAUGGAGGAAGAGAUGAUUUUAAUAGUUAUGAUGUAGAAGACCUUUUAGGAUCUUUGGAACUGGAGGACUCUGUACCCAAAGAGUCGGAGAAAGCCGAAGAAGUUUCUCAGCACAGAGAGAACUCUCCUGAGGGGUCUCAGGACCAUGAACUUGACCCUGCACCUGAGUCCAAGGCAGUCAGAACUGAUUCAGAGGAUGGAGAAGGUGCUUUCUCAGAGAAAACUGAGGAACUGCAGAGACAGUCCUCAGCUCAGGAGAGCCAUCCUCAUGGCAAUCUAGCAGCUAAUACUCAGGGAGUGCAGUCUUCAUUGGACACUUUUGAAGAAAUUCUGCACGAUAAAUUAAAAGUGCCAGGAAGCGAAAACAGAACUGGCAAUAGUUCUUCCACCUCUGUGGAGCAGGAGAAGACAGAUGCUUACAAAGUCCUGAAAACAGAAAUGAGUCUUGACCUGAAAACCAAGCUUGGCUCAACUGCUGAUGCCCUUGUGUCUGAUGAUGAGGCAACAAGAUUGGUCACUUCAUUAGAAGAUGGUUUCGAUGAAGAGCUGGAUGCUGAGUAUUACCCAGUGGAGGAUGAUGAGGAAGAGGAGAACGCAGACAGCUCUGAUGAGCUACCAUUACUAACCUUUGCAGACAAAGAUGAGAAAGCCCCUGGGAUAGAGAAAUAUUUAACAGAUAAGGAUCCGAACUUGAGUGAAGAAGAUAAAGUUGAAUCCACUCUGCCUCCUGGCAUCAGAGAUGACAAUAAAGAUGUAUUGACAACCUGGGGGGAUAGUUUCUUUUCUAUUGUCACAGGAGGUGAAGGAAAAACGGGUGUGGGAGAUUUAGAGAAAUCUAUCAAGGAGGAGGAUGUGUCAGUUUCACCUAGCCAUCAGAGGAAGCCACGGUCAACAGCCGGCUAUACAGACCAUGAGGAUGAAGGUGAUGAUUUUUUUGUAGAAGAGACCAAAACAAGUGAUGUAAAGGACUCAGAAACAGACCCAGAACUUGUCAUUACAGAAGAAAAGGAAAUACAGGAAUCCAGGAGAGGCCUGGUACAUCCUGAGUCAGAAUCAGAAGAUGCCAAGUCAGAAACGGCGAGUGCUUAUCGUUCUCAGAGUAGCAAGCUCAACCCUCUGCCAUCUGCAGAAAAAGGCAAAGACUUUAGACUAAAAGCCGUUUUUGAAAAAAAAGAAAAUGGCCUAAAAGAACCAGUUAUCCAUAUCUCAAAGGAAACACUCCAUGAAGACAAGACCAGAGAGAUCCAGAGAGACAGCUUGGAGAGUGAAUUAGUACACAGAGCUGCAGGGAGUUCAGUGACAGAAAAUAACAAGCACAAAUCCUUGGGUGUUGCACCACUCAUGGGAAAUUAUAAGCCUGAUGCAUCCAAAGACAGUACAGAGGUUCCAGACGUUUCCAUCAGUGGACCAAAAGCCAGCCAGCAGGAGGGAUUUCUAGAACCAAGUCUUAAAACUCAGAAUCAACCUAGAUUCUCCCCUCCAGAGGAAACUGGUUUCUCAAGAGAACUGGAGGGAAAAGUUCCUAUUUCGGGAAGAAAUCUCUCUUGGCAGCAAGCGCGAGACAUAGCUGCUGUAGUCAGUAAGCAUGUGAAAGAGAAGACAGGGUUUCCGGAGGAAGAGGGCAGGGAAGAUCCUACAGAUACGGAGCCACCCAAGGCUGUACAAAGGACACAGGAGGCUGAGAGCUCGAAAGUGCUGAGUGUCCAACCUGGAAGGCCAGAUGCCGAGGAGGAGGAGGAAGACGACUAUCCCCCAGAGGGGCUGCUGGAGGAUGAAAAUGCUGUGAGCGCACAGCAGUCUAGAGAAAAUUACCCCAGCGGUCAUGACGGGAGGUCAGAUAUGAAUUCUCAAGUCUUCGAAAAAGUAAUAUUGGGGAGCCUUAAUCUUAACACUGAAAAAAACAAACAAGUGGCUAAUAUGAUUUUGGAGACUGGUGAAAAGAGUGAAACCACGUCUGAAGAGGCAGGUGAUGUGGGCAAGGAGUCAGGUAGUGUGGUGGUGGACAGAGAAGAAAGCCAUCUAGCAGAUAUGACAGCCCAGAGGCCCUCUCAAGUCCCUGGUCUUCCUGACGAGACAGCAGCCCAGACUCCAAGCUCCAGGGAAGCUGUUCUGAAUAAAAAUCCUAAUGACCUACAAAAAGACAAUCCCGAGGAACUAGUCAAUACCUUGGGCCUUGAAGACCCUGGGGGAGAAGAAAUCUCAGAAGGGGAGCUGGAAGAUACCAAGGAGCUUGGAGACUCAGAAAGCCAGGGGCCUGAUGCUGAAGAUCCUGGGGAUGACCUGUCCCAGCGAGCUACACCUGAAAUUCCUGACAUAGUGCUCAAGAGUAUAAGGGAAGACUUGCCUAUCAUAAACAGCUUCCUCAAGGAUGACCAACAGUCCCUGUAUCGUUUCCUAAAGUACUUCGAUAUUCAUGAGCUGGAGGGCUUGCUCCAAGACAUGUCGAUAAAGCUGAGAUCAGCGCAUCGGGACAGCCUGCCAUACAACGUGGAGAAAGUCCUAGACAAAGUCUUCCGAGCCUCAGAGUCACUAAUUCUAAGUAUGGCGGAGAAAAUGCUUGAUGCACGAGUGACCAAAAAUAGGGACCUGGGCUCAAAAGAGAGCAGCCCGUUGGAAGAAGCCAAGGCGUUGGAUAACAUACAAGACCUGAUCUAUUUUGUCAGGUACCAAUACUCUGGAGUGGAGACUGCCCCGUUAGUCACACCUCCACCUCUGGAGGAAGGCUGGGCUGGACCAGGAGAAGAGAUGCAACCACCCCAGCAAGACAGCUUACCACAAGAAAACACAGGAGAUCUCAGUGUGCAGCUUCCGGACGACCCUGAUCUCUCAGCUCACCCUGUGACGAGUGGGCAGCUUCCAGAGGACCCUGAUGGCUUGGAUCAACUUGAGACUGGGUACACAAGUGCCUCAGAGGUAUCGCAGAAGCCAAACAUCAAGAAAGACAUAGAUCUAGGUCUUGUAACGGAAGGUGGUCCUGUCGGGGAUGGAGAUGUACAAAAGCAACUAGAGACAAUUGCAGAGGAGCCAGCGGCUGUCCCACCUCUGGAAAGUGCAUUUGGUUCCCUGUGUUCCUUCAUCCUUUAUUUAAGUAAGAUGCUAAUUGCCACAUUGCCUGAUAAUGUCCAGCCCGGGCCUGACUUUUAUGGACUGCCAUGGCAGCCUGUGAUCAUUACUGCACUCUUGGGAAUUGUUUCAUUUGCAAUUUUCUCCUGGAGAAGUAUUCUUGUUGUAAAGAGUAGAGUAUAUCAAGUUACUGAGAAACAAAUUUCUGAAAAGUUGGAGAAUAUCAAGAAAGAAAAUGCAGAACUUAUGCAAAAAUUGUCAAGUUAUGAACAAAAGAUCAAGGAGUCAAAGAAAUAUGUUCAAGAAGCCAAGAAACAAAACAUGAUUCUCUCUGAUGAAGCUGUGAAAUAUAAGGAUAAAAUCAAGAUACUUGAAGAAACUAAUGUAAGUCUGGGUGACAAAGCCAAAAGCCUUCGUCUUCAGUUAGAGUCUGAGAGAGAACAGAACAUCAAGAACCAGGACUUGAUACUGGAAAACAAGAAGUCUAUUGAGAAGUUGAAAGAGGUCAUUUCGAUGAAUGCAUCAGAACUUUCAGAGGUUCAAGUUGCCCUUAAUGAAGCCAAGCUCAGUGAAGAGAAUGUAAAAUCUGAAUGCCAUCGGGUUCAAGAAGAAAACGCCAGGCUUAAGAAGAAGAAAGAGCAGUUGCAGCAGCAGAUUGAAGAGUGGAGUAAAUCCCAUGCUGAGCUCACUGAACAGAUCAAGUCGUUUGAGAAGUCCCAGAAAGACUUGGAAGUCGCUCUGACUCACAAAGAUGACAAUAUUAGUGCGUUGACUAAUUGCAUCACACAGUUGAAUCGGUUAGAAUGUGAACUUGAAUCUGAGGAUCCAAAUAAAGGAGGAAAUGAGGCAGACGAGCUGGCCAAUGGAGAGAUGGGAGGUGACCGGAGCGAGAAGAUAAAAAACAGAAUUAAGCAGAUGAUGGACGUCUCUCGGACACAAACUGCAGUCUCAAUAGUUGAAGAGGAUCUAAAACUUUUACAGCUUAAGCUAAGAGCAUCGAUGUCUACUAAAUGUAACCUGGAAGACCAAAUCAAGAAAUUGGAAGAUGACCGCAGCUCGCUGCAGACUGCUAAAGCUGGGUUGGAAGAUGAGUGCAAAACUCUGAGGCAGAAGGUGGAGAUCCUGAAUGAGCUGUACCAGCAGAAGGAGAUGGCUCUGCAGAAAAAACUGAGUCAAGAAGAGUAUGAGCGGCAAGACAGAGAGCAGAGACUAACGGCUGCCGAUGAGAAGGUGGUUCUGGCUGCAGAGGAAGUAAAGACAUACAAGCGGCGAAUUGAAGAAAUGAAAGAAGAAUUACAGAAAACAGAACGUUCAUUUAAAAGCCAGAUUGCUGCUCAUGAGAAGAAAGCUCAUGAUAACUGGCUCAAAGCUCGUGCUGCAGAGAGAGCCAUGGCAGAGGAGAAGAGAGAAGCUGCUAACUUAAGGCACAAAUUACUGGAAAUGACUCAAAAGAUGGCAAUGAGGCAAGAUGAACCUGUGAUUGUAAAACCAAUGCCUGGAAGACCGAACACACAAAACCCUCCCCGUCGAGGUCUACUGAGCCAGAAUGGCUCUUUUGGCCCAUCCCCCGUGAGUGGUGGAGAAUGUUCCCCUCCCCUACCAGCAGAGCCACCUGGGAGACCUCUCUCUGCCACACUCAGUCGAAGAGACACUCCUAGAAGUGAAUUUGGGUCAUUGGACAGGCAUUUACCUCGCCCUCGAUGGCCAUCAGAGGCAUCUGGGAAACACUCUACUUCUGACCCAGGUCCAGCUCCUGUGGUGAACAGCAGCUCCAGGAGCUCUUCUCCCGCUAAGGCCGUGGACGAGGGCAAGCAAACUGUUCCCCAAGAGCCCGAAGGCCCCUCAGUUUCCAGCAUUGCCCCUUUAGCUGAGUAUCCAGUAGCAGUUAACAUGGCUCCCAAAGGGCCGCCUCCAUUUCCAGGGGUGCCUCUCCUGGGAGGCCCAGUGCCACCACCCAUACGAUACGGACCACCCCCUCAGCUAUGUGGGCCUUUUGGGCCUCGCCCACUUCCUCCACCAUUUGUUCCAGUCAUGCGUCCACCACUAGGCAUAAGAGAAUACGCACCAGGCGUUCUGCCUGGGAAACGGGACCUGCCUGUCGAUCCUCGGGAAUUUGUACCAGGACACACACCAUUUAGACCUCCAGGUUCACUUGGUCCCAGAGAGUUCUUUAUUCCUGGUACCCGAUUACCACCUCCAACCCACGGUCCUCAGGACUACCCGCCACCACCACCUGCUCUAAGAGACUCACUGCCUUCAGGCCCGAGAGAGGACGCUCAACCUGCCUCUCCCAGCAGUGUCCAGGACCGCUCACAGGCUUCAAAACCCACCCCUUGACUUUGAUCUCUGUCACUGAGUCAGAGAGGAAGUGGACAGUGCAUUAUUCAUUACAGCAAAGGAUUUCAUUGGCAUCAAAACCUAAGUUUGUUUUACAAAGAUUGUUUUUAGUACUAAGCUGCCUUUGGCAGAUUGCAUUUUUGAGCCAAACAAAAAUAUAUUAUAAUGUUCCCUUCUAAGUAAAAAUCACCUCUUAAGCUAGAACAUUCUCCCAACUUUGAAAUGUGCAAUAAAGAAUACCUGUGUUUAGUUCAUGUAGCAUAUGUAAUGAUUGCUAAAUGAUUUAGAAUAUCAUAAAGUAUGAACAUUUCCUGUGGAAAUGCUUUAAGAACAUGUAUUUCCAUGGCCUUGGUUUAGUGUAUGCCAGCUGAUUCAGAGCAAGGUGUUUACAACUCCAUUUGUGUCUCAAAGACUGUUACGCUAAAAAAAGAGUUUACUCAAGGAUCAUAAACUGUCCCGUUGCUAAAGUUCUUUGUAGUAAUAGUUCAUAAACAUGGUUUAUUAAUAUUU